AUGUUAGUCAAGAGAUAUCGAGUGUAACUUGAUUAUCAAAUAUAAAAUGAAAAUGUCUACUAUUAAAUCACAGUUACAAAUGUAAAUUAUGAAAAUGAAACAAAAACAACAAUGAAUCGAUAUUCUUAGAUAAAAGAUUUUCAUGAUCGAUUAUAGAAGAAUGUGAUACUAUUAAAAUUAUUACUUUAAUUACCAUAGUUUCCUGGAAUAUCUCUCUUUAGUAAAACUAAUAAAAAUAUUGAAAGAAUUAAAUAGAGGCAAAUUGAAUUAGAAACUUAUUUUAAUGAAUUAUUUAGUAUUGAUAAAAUAUUAAGUUUAACACCUGUUUAAGAAUAUUUACCUAUUGACAGUACUUAAAAUUAAGAGUAAAGUUUUUGUCAAUAUAAUAUUAGAAUGAAUAUUAGUAUUAAAAUUGAUAAUUAUGCUAUAUAUGAUGACGUAGUUGUUUAUUCUCUACUUUUCAAGAAUAAUUUAGUAGGUGAUGAAUGGAUAUAUAAAUAAAGAUAUUCUGAAAUUAAAAAUAUUCAUGAUGCUCUUCUUGAUCAAGGAUUUAAAAAUAAAUUACCAUCUUUCCCAACAAGGAAAUUAUUUGGAUAAACUAAUGAAAAUCCAGGUAAUAUUUAUAUAUGAUAUUCAAGAGAAUAUAGAAAAACGUAAACAAAAUCUCUAAACAUAUCUUAAUGCUUUAUUUUGUAUAUAAGAAAUAAAAGAAAGUUAAAUCAUAAAAUUUUUUAUUUCUGAUUCUAAAAAAUAUCAUGAAAAGAAUCUAAAACUUGAAGAAUUAAAAAAAUCUUCUAUUCAUUAAGCAAAAGGAGACUUAAACCAAAGAGUUAAAGAAAUUGCAUUAAAAAAUAACUUAUAAAUUUACUAAAAUAAAUGA